UUUUCACUACUUUCUUAACUAUAUAUAAGUAUAAUUAUGUUCAGAAUACUAUCAAACACUAAUUCUGUCAUAUUCUGAAACGCUAUAGUGUGUUUGCAUUGCAGUUUGUUUUGUUUGUUCAAGUUAGCUCAAGUUUUUUUCUUCAUUAUAUUUAUAAAUUUUCCAUUUUGCACAUUGGCAUGCACAAAUAAACAACCUUUUUCUUUACAAAAAUGCAUGGUGUGGUUAGUGAUAUGAUAGGAGGGGGUGGUGGAUUGGAUUACGCAAUGGUUACCAUGAUUGCUUGAUUCAACGGUGGAGAUUCCCCGAGUGAAAAAGCUAGAAGGAACAGCGUGCCAACGUGACCCCAAUAUAGAACAAGAGCCUCACUUCUUUUCCACCAUUGACAUUCUUUCACUCUACCUUCUCCACUCUUUACUCAGCAAUUGGCAACUUCUCAAAAACCUCUCUCGCUCACUCUGCAAAGGGUAAAGACUCUGUUCACAAUUGCAUUCCCAGAGAAACUGAACCUUCUUCCUGCACAAGCAAAAGCCUCACAUGUCGUCGGAUAUAAGCUAGAUUAUUAGCCACCCUUUUUCUUUCCUUCCUUUAACUCAAUCUUCUUCACACCCCUUUUGGAAUCUGACAAGGUUGUUUGUUAUUCAAUGGCUAGUUGCGAGAUUUGCUGCGUUGAGUCUGGUGUUUCAGUUUUAGCGUUAAGUGUGGUGGUGGGUUCGGUUGUGUUUUGACUGUAGUGAGGGAUAGAGGGAAGCUUUGGUUGGUGGGGUGGUGGGAAUUGGCGGGGUGAGUAAUGGGUGCGGAUCGUCUGAUACUGCCAACAGUUGGACCGCCAUUAAAACGGCGAGCGGGGUUGCGGAGGAAGCAAGCUGGAAGAGGUUCCUACAGAGGGAGCUAGGGGAAGGAGGGUGAGUGUGUGGUGUUGGAGGGGUUUUAUUCUUUUUUGGAGGAUUGGAAUUCACGACCCUUUUUCUCGGGGGAGCCUUCGGGGUGUUAAAGUUUCUGACUUGUUGAAGGAGGGGACGACAUGGGUAACAACUUGCACCAAGUACUCAGAAGCCUCUGUUUUAAUACUCACUGGAACUACGCCAUCUUUUGGAAGCUCAAACAUCGUGCUCGAAUGAUCUUGACAUGGGAGGACGCAUACUAUAACAAUCCUGAUGAUUAUGACUCUUCAGAAAAUAAGCACUGCCAGAAUAUCUUGGAACAGAUUGGUUAUGGGAAAUUUUCGCACAACGCAUUAGGGUUAGCAGUGGCUAAGAUGUCAUAUCAUGCAUAUUCAUUAGGAGAAGGUAUUGUUGGACAGGUUGCUGUUACAGGAAAGCAUAGGUGGAUCUGUGCAGAUAAUCAGGUCGCAGGUUCUGGCUUGUCUUUUGAGUUUGCUGAUGGGUGGCAGUCUCAGUUUUCUGCUGGAAUCAGGACUAUUGCUGUUGUUGCUGUAGCCCCACUUGGUGUUAUUCAGCUUGGCUCUCUUAAUAAACAGGUGAUUGAAGAUAUGGGGUUUGUAACUCAUAUCAGAAAUCUCUUUCUGUCUACUCAAAAUUGCCCCAUAGCACAAUGUCCUAGUCAAGUACAGGGUAGUUUGAAGAGUUCUUUAUCUCAGCUGGAUAUAUCGAAGGAAAAUUUGUCUUCAGAUGUUUUGCCGACUGACUUUUACAAUUCACAAAAAUCUAUGAAAAGUGAAACAGCAGAUGUUUUAAUGUCCCUUCAAUGUUCUGAGAAGAACUAUGAACCUUAUUCUGCUUGUCAGAAAAUGUCUGAUAACGUGGCCAAACAGGAGGGGCCUGAAUUGUACAGUGAUGAAAGUUCCAUUUUGCUUCAGUCAAUAUCCAAUAUGAUGAAUGUGGAGCAUCAUGAUUUUAAAGAGAUGAAGCCUCUCUAUGGGAGGAAGUGUGAAGAAGGAAGUAGUGGCUGCAAAGAUGUGAGGUUGGAAUCAGAAAACAAUGUCUCGUCAUUUUUAAGUGACUUUAUUACAGAUAAUGAUUUAAUAUGUCCAUCAGAUAAAGUCAGAGUUGAUUCUGCAUGUUUUCCUUCAGCUUUUCUUGAUACAGUUGUUUGUGAAACUGAUAAGUUGCAUUGUGUGGAUAAUAACCAAAAAGGAGUGUUGAAUUUCACCCAACCUUCAGAUGCAAACUCCCAACAUGUUGAAAAGCCAAAGUUUGGUUCUGAGCCUUCUUACAAUGAUAUGUCAAAUGUGUUGAAUUUCCCUGCUGGUUGUGAGCUACAUGAAGCACUUGGACCAUCUUUUCUGAAAGGGAGUAAAAGUUUUGAUUGGCCAGCGCAGCUUAAUCAAGAUAUGAAAACUGUUGAAAUGUCAGAUGAGAUCAGCACCAGCCAAUUGACUUCUGAAUCUCGUCCUGAGCAUCUUUUGGAAGCAAUGGUGGCUAACAUUAGCCACAGUAACAAUGAUGUUAAUAGUGAAUUAUCGUUUUGUACAUCAAUGCAAUCUGCAAUGGCCUCAGCAAAAAAUCAUGAAGCUUCUACUCAUAAUGUGUAUGCUAUUAAUUCAGAAGGUUAUUCAAUAGAUCAGUUCUCUCUUGUCAAAGAGGACAAACACCAUUCUCUGAGUUCAUCAUCAGGGAUAUGUGGUGUUAUGUCCUCCAAAGGUGUUUCAUCUACAUUCCCCAGUUCAAGUAGUGGACAACUUGAAAGGUCAUCUGAACCAUCUAAGAACAGCAAAAAGAGGGCCAGACCCGGGGAAAGUUGUAGGCCGCGACCAAGGGACAGACAAUUAAUCCAAGAUCGUAUUAAGGAGUUGAGAGAGUUGGUUCCAAAUGGAGCAAAGUGCAGUAUUGAUUCCCUACUGGAGCGCGCCAUAAAGCACAUGCUGUUUCUCCAAAGCAUAACUAAACAUGCUGACAAGCUAACUGACUUUGGUGAUACAAAGUCAAAGCUGCAUCACAUGGAAGCAGACAUUCUUGGAUCCUCUAGUUAUGAGCAGGGCUCAAGCUGGGCAAUGGAGGUAGGGGGUCAUCUGAAAGUUCAUUCAAUAUUAGUGGAGAAUCUUAGCAAGAAUGGACAGAUGCUUGUUGAGAUGCUGUGUGAGGAGUGCAGCCAUUUUCUUGAAAUAGCAGAAGCCAUAAGAAGUUUGGGUCUUACCAUUUUGAAAGGUGGAACUAAAGUUCAUGGUGAAAAGAUAUGGAUAUGCUUUGUUGUCGAGGGUCAAAACAACAGAAAUGUACACAGAUUGGAUAUCUUGUGGCCGCUUGUUCAAAUACUGCAAUCCAAGAGCACGGUGUAUUCACAAUAACUGAUCGGUUCUUGGAAACUUUGUUGCCCCUCACUUUGUAACACAUUCUUAAUCUCUGAAUCAAAUGAUUCUCACCUACUUUGUUAUAAGAAGACAUAGGGUGUGGUGGUGUGGUCUUUUUUUAUUAUUGAAAUGCGUGAUUGUCUUUGUUUAAGUUUGACACUGAAAAUAGCACAAUACAUUGAAUAUAUAUUACUCACUUAGUACAUUAAAUUGGUA